AUGAUACUUUCAAAGUCAAGCAGAUUGCUCUAUAAGAUACCGAGGCAGAGAUCAGGCCUAAGAUUUUACAGUGCUUCCUUAGAAAGAUUUCAAAAACCGCAAGAUGAGCCCGUCAUUGUUUCACCCAUAUCUUAUGCUCGCAGAAGAAGAAGUGAAAUCUUUGGCCAACUAGUCGAUAAUGACGAACCUUCUAAGAAGGUCAACGUUAUUGACGCUGAUCAGCUAGAAAAUGAAAUAGCUGAAAUUAGAAAUAGUGAAUCUGAGGAAGGUUUGGAAAGGAUUUCAAGUCAAGAUUCCAGGUUACACCCUCUGACUAUUCAAGGUAGGGUCAAUAGAACAGAGAUUAAACUCAACGAAGAAGUUUCUGAAACAAUCAAUAACCACAUACUGUUGCUGAAUAACCCUCGGCAUUUGCGAAUAAAAGCUGCUCAGACAUUUGUUGAUCUGGGUACUAAUGGGACCCAUAAGCCGGUUCAGUCUGAGCUAGAGGCGGAUGCUCACAUUGCGGGGUUAUUCGUUCAAAACUACGCCUCUAUAUAUCAAGUUUUAUCCGAAUUAAAGAAACGUGUUGGUGAGUCUUUUAACCCUCAGAGAGUGUUGGACGUUGGAUUUGGGCCAGCUACAGGAAUGGUUGCACUCAAUGAACUAAUGGGCUCCGAUUUCAAUCCCACGGUGAAAGAUGCCGUAGUUGUGGGAUCAUAUGAGAUGAAGCAAAAAGCAAAGAUUAUACUUAGUAGACAACUAGCAGAAUACACUGCUGUGGCCCAAGACGAAUUUGAACUAGACAACGAGUCUGGACCAUCAGAACCAGUUGAAGCAGAACUAAAAAGAAAAGUUGCCAGGAUAGAUACCAAAAGAAUUACGAUAAAAACCAAUUUACUGAGCUCAUUGCCUAUUGGCAACUCGAAAAAAUAUGACUUGAUAAUACUAAACCACCAAUUGUUGCUCAAUAAAGCUUCAUACCCGGCUCAAGUCGAGGAAAGCAUGGAUGCCUAUUUGCAGAAGUUGGCACCUGGAGGACAUCUGGUGAUUGUUGAAAGAGGUACUCCAUUAGGCUUUGAGACAAUUGCAAAGGCAAGACAAGUAGCUAUACGACCAGAAAACCAUUCAUCCAACCUUAAAAUUCCACGUCCAUAUCAAAAGGGAAAUUUCAAGACAGACCGACAACUACAGGAUGACGCAGAAUUAGAACCUGAAUUAAAAGAACAUUUUGAAAUAAUAGACCAUGCAAAUUCUACGGUUAGAGACUACUACCUCAAAGUUGUUGCCCCUUGUGCACACCAUGGCGUAUGUCCUUUGCAAACAUUAAACCCAGACGUGUUUUCUCUACCAAAGUAUGGUAAAAAGCUAAACUUCUGCCAUUUCCAGACUCAAGUAUUGAGACCCAAGUUUUCAAUGGAGUUGAAAAAGGGUCUUCUAUUAGCCACUAAAUGGACUGAUAAGACUUCAGGUAUUGGAAUAAAGGGACAAGCUCCCGCUGGAAAUGGGAGAAGAAACGGUAGAAACAAUGAACUGGCAUCUUUCAGUUAUCUUAUUCUGGAACGGUCACCCAGUGAUGCGCCAACACUGUCUAAAUUGGCUCGGUUACAAGAAUCCACUAAGAAUAGAACGAAUAUCUUGGGUUAUGAAGGUGACUCCAUCGACAACUGGCCUCGUGUCAUGAAGAAUCCAUUAAAGCGCAAGGGGCUUAUCCUAGCAGAAAUGUGCGGACCAUCGGGUCUUAUAGAGAAGUGGUAUCUUUCUAAGGGUUCAGGUGGAAAACAGAUUUAUCAUGAUGCUAGAAAGCUUCAAGCUGGAGAUUUAUGGGCAAUUGGAGGUGCCAAAAGUGCAAUCCCAGCAAACACGUCGUACGACCAUUUCAGGGAAAAGAUUGAGAAGAAACAAUCUGAUAUGAAGGUCGCUAACAGGCAACAAUCUAGACAGGAACUGAAACUGAGAAAGCAAACAGCUAGAAAUGCCUUGCAAGAGGCGCCCAAAUCCCUAGAAGAGUCUCUCUACCAAUUAUCGGUAGCCCAUUCAAUGGAAUUAGAAAAGAAACCAAAGGAAAGAAGGCAGUUUAAGAAAUACUGA